AUGAAAUAUCAAGAAGGGGAGAGCAGUUUACUACUCUCCCCAGCGCCGGAGCAACUCAACCUACACUGACAUGCUUGCGCUUGGAGUUAUACUCUUCGAACUUCAUUGGAGGUGUCCCCCGGACCAGGAAAGGGAGUCGGUAUUGAUUGACGUCCGGGAUGGCGUUUUACCAGCAGACUGGGCGUACCAACACCCAUCAAUUGCGCCCAAGGUGUUGGAGCUGGUCGCAGCAAGACGCGACCAGCGUCCAUCCGCGCGCGACAUCCUCUGCGAUCCUGCCUGGCAAUCUGUUUGCUGAUCGUUGUAGUUGUUUAGAUUU